GCGCAUUUUUGUGCGGGUCCCCUCUGGCCGUGGGCUUGCCAAUUUUCUCUCUCUAUCCUUCUGGCAUCUUUGUUUUCAACACACAUCGCAUUCUAGAGGAUUUUACCAAAAUGGUCGCUACCGUCCGCACCCGCAAGUUCAUGACCAACCGUCUGCUCCAGCGCAAGCAGUUCGUUGUUGAUGUCAUCCACCCCAACGCCUCCAGCCCCUCCAAGGAUACCAUCCGUGAGAUGCUCUCCAAGAUGUACAAGGUUGAGAAGGAGACCGUCUUCGUCUUCGGCUUCAAGAGCGCUUUCGGUGGUGGCCAGUCUUCCGGCUUCGGCAUGAUCUACGACACCCUCGACGCUGCCAAGCAGUUCGAGCCCGCCUUCCGCCUGCAGCGCCAGGGCCUCUACACCAAGCCCAUUGGCUCCUCCAAGCAGCGCAAGGAGCGCAAGAACCGCCAGAAGAAGCUGCGCGGUAUUGCCAAGGCCAAGGUCGGUUCUGGCAAGAAGUAAAUUUUCUUUCCUAGCGAACACAUGUCCUUCGACAGCAAGAGAGGACCAUCAUUCACAGCAUGACCGGGUGAUGAUGGUCCAGGUAGAUGCGCUCGGGGGUCCCGGGCGGUUCACUCCUCCAGUCACCACCACCGCCAGCCAAAGCAUUCACCAUUUCUCGGUGCCGCAGGAUGGAUCUUGCCAGAUAUUUGGAAUAAACUCUAUCCUUCAGAAGGCCCGCAAGAGAGAGCGAAGCGCGAGCGCAGGUCGUCGUCGUCGUCGUUCCCCCUCGCUCCCUCCCCGCCUCCGCGCUCUCUCUCUGUGCAGGGCAAAUGCGCGGGGGGUCGGCAGGCAGGACGAGAGUGGCGUGGCGGGGGGCAGGGGCGAGGACGCCGCAGUGUGAGGCGAGGGGAGGAGAGAG